AUGGAAGCUGAGAGCCGCACUGAGCCCAAAAAUGGAUUUAUCUCAACAGAAUGCUGCGUAGCAGCAGCAGCAAAUGCAGCAGCAGCAGCAGCAACAGCAGCAGCAGCAGUUAAAGCAACAGUGCCCAGCGGCGCAGCUGCAGCAGCAGCAAUGACAGUGUCACCAGAAGCUGCAGCAGCAGCAGCAGCAGCAGCAGCAGAAAAAGCUGCUGCACCAGCAAAAGCAGAAGCAACAAAUUCGCAGCAAGCAACACCGCCCGCAGCAGCAGCAGCAACAGCAGCAGCAGCAGCAGCAGCAGCAGCAGCAGCAAGCCCCUCGCUGAUGACUCGCAGCGUGUCUGUUGCUUCUUUAAAGAAUCGUCUCCUUUCCAUAGCUGGAGUCUCUUCUGCUUUGAAGCGGCAUUAUUCAUUUGCCAAUCCCGAAGCAGCAGCAGCAGCAGCUAAUGCUGCUGCUGCUGCUGCUGCUGCUGCGGCUGCUGCUGCUGCUGCUGAUGCAGAUAAUGGGCGUGCCACUGUGACAGCAGCAAAUGCCGCUGCUGCCCCUUCGAGAGUAGCAGCAACCCACAUGCCUGUUGAAGCAGCAGCAGCAGCAGCAGCUGCUGCUGCUGCUCCGAAUCCCGCUGCUGCUGCUACUAACACUAGUAGCAGCCGCAGCAGCAGCCGACGCAGCAGCAGCAGCAGCAAUAGCAGCAGCAACAGCAGCAGCAAAAGCAACAACAACAGCAGCAGCAACAGCAGCAACCGCCGCAGCAACAAAGAUGCCUCGCCUAAUCUGCUGCUGCAGCUAGAUGAGACUUUGUCUCUGAGCGAUUGCUUAGAUUGCUCUUACACUUUCCCAAGUGGUGCUGCUGCUGCUGCUGCUGCUGCUGCUGCUGCUGCUGCUGAUGGUUCGUUUUCCAGCAGCAGCAGCAGAAGCAGCAAGCUCAAACCCCAAAACCGAAAAAGCCAAAUCAGCAGCAGCAGCAGCAGCAGCAAUGGCCACCGCAGCAGCAGCAGAUACAGGAGCAGCAAACUCAGGAGCAGCAGCAACAGACGCAGUACCAGCGGCCGCAUGCAGCAGCAGCAGCAGCAGCAGCAGCAGCAACAGCAACAGCAGCAGCAGCUUCUGCUGCAGGAGCCGCCGCUGCUACAGCUGGCGCCGCAGCGCAGCAGCAGCAAGGGCUCAGCAGCAGCAGCAGCAGCAGCAGCUGCAGCAGCAGCAGCAGAAGAACAACAAAAGACCAGAAGCUACAGCAGCAGCAGCAAAGAAGCAGCAGCAAAAAGGGACAAAGAGACACAAACUGAAACUUCCCCAAAUGGCUCUCCGUAA